ACCACUAUCUGCGUCGAAAAUGCAAGGGCAAAUAGUAUCCUUGUUCACCUUGUUCACGUUCACUACAACUUGUCAAGAUCACGCAUUUUGCGCCGGCAACAUAAACUACGGAUCAUGGAUCAAGGCCAGCACACACAAAUCACGGAGAGAUUAUGAGCGUUGAUAUGCAGCGAAGAAGCCGAGGCUUCCAAACAAGACCGAAAGAAAACGG